CCACCUGCUUGAUUCCCACUCUUGCGUCUCGAUCGAGUCUGUGUGCGAUCUCUAUGCGAGCCGCGUGUAGCGCAAAUGACUCAGUUCGUCAUUAGUAUAUCUCGGCGUCGUUGUCGGUAAAUAAUGUCAGCUGUUCGUCGCUAAACGGCCGGCUCGCGCGUAACAACAAAACCAUGACGCCGCAGUGCAAUCCGGUCUUGCACUACACGAAGCAGCCGUUGAUCAGUCAAAACAAUACCCAAGUAACGUUUUUUAACGGGACCGCGAAAAAAUCGCAGGAAGCUGGUAGCAGGGGCAGGAAGAAACACAGACCGCGGAAGGACAAGAUCAAGUGCGUGAUCGUGGGCGACAGGGCUGUCGGGAAAACUUCGCUCGCAGUUUCCUACAGCAACGACAGUUUCCCCAGCGAGUAUCAACCGACGGCCUACGAUAAUUACAACGUCGACGUUCAAGUGGACGGAAAGCCCAUUCGGCUCGAGAUCUGUGAUACAGCCGGCAAGGACGAUUUGGAACCUCUGCGGCAAUUAUGCUACCCCGACACCGACGUAUUCAUGCUGUGCUUUUCGGUGGUACGACCUAGUACCUUCAUCUCCGCUUGUACGCGAUGGGCCGACGAGCUUACACGAUUAGAUGCACCGGUGGUUCUGGUUGGAUGCCAAACCGAUCUGGUGAACAAUAUGGACACGUUAAACAGCCUAAAGAGACAAGGCCAGUUGCCGGUACCGCCCUACAAAGCGAGAGACUUAGCAAGAAGACUGAACGCCGUUUACGUAGAGACGUCGGCUAAAACGUGUAACCACCUAAAGGAGGCUUUCGACCAAGCGAUCAUCGUAGCGUUGAAACGCAGACAGUACGAGCGGCAAAAGUGGUGGACGAAGCUGUGCUGUUGGAAGGGGCGGCGUUAAUCCCGUACAUACGAAACGCCUUUUCAUUAUAUUAAUUAAGUGUGAUAUAUAGAAAAACGUCGCGACGCUCGUUUAAGAGUUUUAAGGUCUGACGCCCACGCGCGGUUGUCGAUGGACCAAGUGAAAGGACAUUAACUGAUAGGGUAAAAUAGGCAUCGUCUGUACUGGUGACGUAAGAAUACAUAAUUACAUCCUCAAUACGUACGUAUUCUAUGAUUCCAAAUCAGUUGAUUUCGAUAUUUCUGGAUUUUGAAUACUUCUAGCCGUGGAAACUUGCAUCAAUUCGAUGCAAAAAACUAUUUGCCUACCGUGAUUUUUUAUUUUUACUUAUUUUUCGUUAGCAAUUGUACCGCAAGAAAAAAAUCAUUUUGUUUACAAAACUAAAAAAAGUAUUUUAAUUUAAUUAGGCAAAUUUUUGAGUGAUAAGUAAAAAUUGUUAUUGUUGGAUAAUGUUUUUUAUUGCACCUUUUCAUCUUUUAAGUAUUUAUAGAAAAAUAGAAAAAAAAACUGAGCUGUUUAAAUUCUUGCAGAUAUCCAUCACGUUUCAACUAGAACUCGACUGGUAAAACAAUAUGAUUGGAUUUAACUAAAUAACAUGGUGAGACUGGCGCCCUGUAUAUCCAAAUAAGGUUCAAAUUCAUUAAAAAAAACACAACUGUCCAUUUUUAUUAUUAUGUUAUAAAAACUUUCUUUAAUAAUAAAAAUAAAUCUGAAUAAAUUAAAUUAUUGAACGCCCUUUAUGUUUGAAACCAUAAUAUUUUGGUUAGUUUUGCUGUCUCCAAUUUACUUAUGUCAGAAAUUCUGACUUGUUCGUCAGAAAUUUUUACUUAUUCCUGAAAAAUUUGCCUAAGUAAAUUAAAACCAAUUUUUUAACGUAUUGAAGAUGUAUUUGGUAAGACACUCUGCUCUGACAUUUCCUUAUACUACAAGUUCAAUUGGAAAAUUUUUAGAGCAGAAAUGAGGCACAGAAGCGGAAUAUCAUCCAACCUCCCCUGUGGUAUCCUCAGUUUUAGGACAAUUUCUAGUAGGUGAAUUCGUAAUUCGGAUUUGUAACAUCACAUUGUCGCGAUCAAAAUCAGAAAACUGCAAGAUUUUAAAUCAGACUGAUUGUGAGUGUUUUUUUUAUUAUAUAAUAUAAAACACUUUUUUAUGUAAUUUUAUUUUCUCAAGUGUGUAACUGUAUAUUGUAAUUGUAGCAAUUAGAGUAUAAACACAGCAUUGAUUUUAUAGAAUUGUUUUGUUUUCGAGAACUCAUUAAAUAAAUAAGCAUAUCGUAGCUGAAACUGUGUCUUACCC